UGCGAGUCAUCUAUUAUACAAGGAAUCUAUACUCUGGAAUAAUAAACCGGACUAUUAUAUAGAAAAUACAGGCUGCGCCACUUAUAUUUAGCCCAGGUCUAAUUAAUACAAUAAUAACUUUAAUGUAGACUAAUGUAUAAAAUAAACUCGAUACCUUUCAGGUUUUGUUUUUAUUGUACAAUAUGAUGUCUGUAUUUUAAAUCGUGAAGCCCUAUGUUGGAUUAAUCAACUGUGUUCUAUAGGUUUUCAUAAGCAAAGCGAGUUUUCAAGACAAUGCCCCCGCUGUUUACCACAGUGUCUCUCGUUCAUUGAUAAAGGGGUUUUGGAUGCGAAACUGCCAGACUCUUUCAGAAUUCUGGGUGCCUUAUUCAAGCACAGUAUGACAGGGUUGAAAUCUGAGGUUUUAAUGAUGACUUUUACUGUUAAACGGAACCGCUUUCCACCACAAAGGAAAACAAACCCGAGUCCUAUACAUUUGUUGAAUUGAAAAAAAGGGAGAUUUUUUACAUUUUUUUUUUUUAUUUAUUAUGCCACAUCCAUUGUUUUUCAAAAGCCUCAGAGAUGAAGGAAAAGUCUAAGAAUGCUGCGAAGACGAGACGAGAGAAAGAAAAUGGAGAAUUCUAUGAACUGGCGAAGUUAUUACCUUUGCCUUCAGCCAUUACAUCGCAGCUGGAUAAAGCUUCGAUUAUCAGGCUGACAACGAGUUACCUGAAGAUGAGGGCCGUCUUUCCAGAGGGGUUAGGAGACGCAUGGGGGCAGCCGAGUCGCACGAGUCCCUUAGACAACAUGGCUAAAGAACUGGGGUCCCACUUACUUCAGACUUUAGACGGCUUUGUGUUUGUUGUAGCAUCUGACGGCAAAAUCAUGUACAUCUCAGAAACUGCCUCUGUCCAUUUGGGUCUCUCCCAGGUUGAGUUGACUGGAAACAGUAUUUACGAGUACAUCCAUCCCUCCGAUCACGAUGAGAUGACCGCCGUUUUGACUGCUCACCAGCCCCUGCACCCUCAUCUACUGCAAGAGUAUGAAAUGGAGCGGUCCUUCUUCCUCCGGAUGAAGUGUGUCCUGGCCAAGAGGAAUGCAGGCCUGACCAGUGGAGGCUACAAGGUCAUUCACUGCAGUGGCUACCUGAAGAUCCGGCAGUACCUGAUGGACAUGUCUCUCUAUGACUCCUGCUACCAGAUCGUGGGGCUGGUGGCUGUGGGGCACUCCUUGCCCCCCAGUGCCAUCACUGAGAUUAAACUGCACAGCAACAUGUUCAUGUUCAGAGCCAGCCUGGAUCUCAAGCUCAUAUUCCUGGAUUCAAGAGUAGCUGAAUUAACUGGAUAUGAACCCCAGGACUUGAUAGAGAAGACCUUGUACCACCAUGUUCACGGAUGUGAUGUCUUCCAUUUAAGAUAUUCCCAUCACCUACUGCUGGUGAAAGGUCAGGUCACCACCAAGUACUACAGGCUGCUGUCGAAGCACGGCGGCUGGGUGUGGGUCCAGAGCUAUGCCACCAUCGUACACAACAGCCGCUCAUCCAGACCUCACUGUAUAGUGAGCGUCAAUUACGUCUUGACGGAUAUCGAGUACAAGGAGCUCCAGCUCUCCCAAGAUCAGUCUGCAGCCUCCAAGUCUUCAUUCGCCUACAGGACCUCCAUAACUGUCUCACAGGAUUCACGCAAACAACUCAAAUCCAAAUCCGUUAAACUGAAAACGAAACUAAAAACGGCUCCCUACCCACAGCAAUACAGUGCAUUUCACACGGACAAACUGGAAUGCAGCCAGACUAGUAACUGGAAGGAGAGCCCACCAUAUAGCAGCACCCCACCCCAAGAGCACAGCUGCCACUCAGAGAAUAGCGAAGUGCUCCACACGCCCCCGUAUGGCCUAGCCUUCCCCUACCCUUACGCACACCUCACUGGGGAAUCUCAAGUGCUGGGUGGAAAGAAGCAGAGCCUUCCCUCCAAGGUGAGACAACCCCAGGGAUCUCCUUGUGAGGUGGCCAGGCACUUCCUGAGCACCCUGCAGCCCCGAGGAGAGGGCCGUUGGAACUAUGCAAACUCCUGCAUGGCUCGAUCCACCGCAAAAACACAUCACCACAGUCAGACAAUCAGCGGAUCUCACCACGUUCCAGGGCCUGUGGCAAACAGAAGAUACAGCAACGAAGCAAUAUCUGAAGGCUUUUCCAGCUGCUCAACCUCCAGACCUAACAGCAGGUUCAAGGAAGAACCUUAUGAGCAUAACGCGGUUGGCCAGAACAAAAUUGAAUCCAGGCUGCACACCCCUCAACAGAUCACAAAAGAAGAACGCAAGAUGCCGUUCACCCUUGACCCAGAAGAGACGCGUAGCUGCAAUGAAAAGCCUUUCCCUGAGUCUCUCAUGCUCAACAAGUCAAACUGUGACCCCCCAAAACAGCUGAACCAGCACCUGCCCAUGCAGGCGGUAUUCGAACAGACCAGGAGGCUCUGUAUGAAAGCGUCUCAGUACGGGCACCAUGGCAACCACAGAGCUUUGGAGCAAAUGAACAAUGCUGACCAGGAAACCCCAAAGCUAAUUGACCAAGAGAAUGCUGAUGAGCAGAAGAUGUUCAUGGGCCUGGGGAUGGCCGAGCAAGCCCCCUACAUGUCUCUGAACUUCCAUCACGUUUUAGCCAAGCAUGGCUCCUUCCAGGGGCCACCGUAUGCACUAGCGGGCCAUAUAACGGAAAAUUACAGCUACCGAGCGGAAGAGAAUAACCAGUACAUUUACAAAAACCAAAGCCCUGCUUCUAGUUCUUCACCAGAGACCCACAGAGAAACAGGAAUCCCACAUUAUAUUGGGACAUCUGUGAUUAUAACUAACGAAAGGUGAUGCAGCCCCUUCACAGGAAGAAACUAGAAGAACAUAAGAGUCAGGACUGUAGUUCAGGAGCAUAACAGGGUCACUGUUAGUCCACACUGCAGCAGGUGAUGUCAGAAAGCCAUCAGCAACUGUGGAACAUUGUACUGUCCGUGGAUGACUGAUUUGUUUCGUGAUGUGCCAACAUACUCUUAGCCCUUUCACUCUGAGUCAGAAUGGAAACUUAGGUUAAAUGCUUGAAUAUGUUUUAAAAUCUCUUUAGAAGUGAAUGUAUUUAAUAAAAUGCUAAAUCCUGAAUCUAACAGGUUUAAUAGCAUAAAGCAAAACCAGGAGUACUAACGUAACAGUAGACUUACUCUUAAAUCAUUUGACAGAUUCUAAUUUGGGAAACUCAUUUUCUAUGCUGGCUCCCACAACAUUAAGUGUAAGAGUAUCAAGUAAUCAUAGAGCUAUUUUAUACAUUCACCAAUGACCCUCCUAAAGUGCAUGAUCAUGGGCCAACACGCAGUAACACAGUGAGACUAAACUGUGACAUUUUCCAUUUCCAGAUAAGCUGUAGUAGUGGUAGUUUGAAGCUCUUAAGAAAAUAGCACAAAAAUAUUUAAACUAAAAAAACGCCUGAAUUAUGUCUGGACGCCGUCAAUGCCAGAAUAAAACACAGAUUUGUAGGAAGUUCAAAGUGUUUGUAACAUGGACUAUAAAGGACCAGCACAAACGCUACUUAAAUGUAAUAUUCUACAAAAUUUGAAGCAUUUAUGGCUGUGGCAGCACAGUAUGGGUUAGAAAUAACUUAAAUAACCAAUCAUGUUCUGGAUCCAAGUUCCAUUGUGAUUCACCUAUCAUUUUUUUCCAGCGUUAUAUUUUAAAACAAAUGUGGGUAACGCUUUAUAUCAAGUGUCUCUAAUUGUACUGUACUAACAGUGUAAUUACACUUAUUGUUACAUAGUAAUUACAUAGUAAUUACACUGUACAAAAUGCACAGCCAUGUGUGUAAAGUCUAAUUACAAAACUGACGCCAAUAAUAAAGCAUGUCUUUACAUUGUAACUACACAACUAUAUGUGUAAUUACUGUGUUACUAGAGUGUAAUUAGUGUAGUAAGCUAUAUAAUGUAAAGUGUUACCCAUGUGUGUAUGCGUUUUUUGUUUUGUUUUUUUCUCAACAGAAAAAUAGAAUACAGUUGCACACUACAAGGGAUAAAUCUCAUUAUGUGUUAAAAAAAAAGAUUCUCAGCACUUUUGGAAUUCUUUAUUCAAUAUUCAUUGUUAAAUAAUGCCACCAUCGUCUCGUGUGUCCCCAGUGAAAAUGCUCGGCAGUCGUCUAAAUGAAGUGUCACCAUCUGAAAUGUCAUGUGCCAUUACAUUACAUGCAGUUACACUUUAGAAAAAAAACGUGUGCCAGAAACAUAUGCUUAAUAAAAGUGUAAUACAUGUUGCAACAUGAUUGCCGUUAAUUUAAAAUGAUCACUAGUAGAAUGUAGUCCUGUAUAAAAGGCUGUGCUGUUAAAUGCAAGCCAGCCAACAGCUAUCAUAGUCUGUCCCCUGAGUUUGAAAGCAAGAAAGCCAAAGGUCACGACCGAAAUUCCAUGCAAACCAGUGCGGUUCUGCUUUAUGCUAAUCAGCAGGUCUGCAUACGGUUUCUGGUAAAUGCAAUGUGUUUUAUGUUCCAUAUUAACAUGCCAUUGUAAUUUAGAAUUAAAUAGCAAGAAAGCUGAUGCUUUUGAUUAUAUACUCUGCAUUCCUUAAUGGAAAUGGACAUUCAGAAUCAAUAUAAAAACCCAAGCCAUCUCUAGCCUGACAAUUAACUACAUAUUAAAGGGAGUUCUAACUUAGUUUCUAAUAACAAUUUACAGUUAUUUGCCAGUUUUGAUGGAAAGCAAUAAGUACACUUGACUAAACCAAAGUAGGGACCUUUUUCCUUGAGUACAGCCAUAAAUUCAGUCUGCUUAUUUCCUAUUUUGCUGUAAAACACUUGCUCACUGUUACUGUGAUGUCCAAAGCAUUGUUUUAUACUAUUUUGUAAUCCAGAAAGCGUUGGGUGUUAACAGUAAGCACAUCUCUUAAUAUAUACAAGGUUUUAUAUGAACACGUGCUUGUUUUUUGUUAAGGAGAGCCCUUUACUUUUGUUACUACACACAGGGAGUAGUUUAAACGCAAGUUCUGCAGAAUAGUGGCUAUGGAUAGACGCCUGCAUGACGCAUAUUUCAUUUAUGCUUUCGAAGGCCGUGAGCGUUGAUUUUUUUCUCAUUAUAAUUAUUUCUGUAACGCUUGCCAGAUAACUCCAUUGUAAAUGUAAGCGUGUUGU